AAAAUUGGCGCGCUCGUAUUGGUAAAAUCCUCCCGGCAAACAAAACCAGCCGCCCAUUCCACCAGGUUGACCGACACCUCAAAACCACCGGCGGAAAAUUUUAAAAUCAAUAAAAUUAAAUCCAGAAGUUCGCAUAGAGGAGAUCUCUACUCCACACAGUCUUAUAAAUUCUCAAUUCAAUCUGAUCCAAUCCAAUUAGAAUUUUCCAAUUCAAACAACACAAAAAUCCUGGUUCCGAUUCCAUAGAUCAAUCAUAUAAGAUGAGCGGGAAUCUGAGUUGCGUAAUCGUGGCAGUUGAUGGGAGCGAAGAAAGCAUGGUGGGUUUGAAGUGGGCUCUUGAUAAUAUCAGGUUGAAACCCGAUGGGUCUUUGAUCGUCCUCCAUGUCCAAUCGCCGCCGUCCAUUGCCGCCGGCCUUAAUCCCGGCGCCAUCCCCUUUGGUGGUCCCAGUGAAUUUGAAGUGCCGGCAUUUACAGCUGCGAUUGAAGCCCAUCAGAAACGGAUUACCCAGGCUAUCUUCCAGCAUUCUCUGGAGAUUUGCGCCGAAAAAAAUGUGAAGGUUGAAACCAAGGUAGUUAUUGGGGACCCAAAAGAGAAAAUUUGUGAGGUUGUUGAGGAGCUGCAUGCUGAUCUGCUCGUUAUGGGAUCACGCGCAUUUGGUCCUAUUAAGAGGAUGUUUUUGGGAAGUGUGAGCAACUACUGCAGUAACCGGGCGCAAUGCCCAGUGAUGAUUGUGAAGGGCUCUUCUUGAGGUUCUUUGUGAAUUAUUUUUGUUGUAAAGUUACAGAGCAUGUGCAUAUCGGUAUAUUGGUGUGGAAGUUAGUUUUCUUCCUGGCAUUUCUGCUCCUUUUGUCGAGCGUAGCGUUGAAAGCAGGUUUCUCACAAAUUGUAAGUCUAUCAUUGUUCUCAUAUGCAUGGCAAGAAUAGUGGAGAUAGCUCUUCGAUGUGGAUAGGUUUGUUGAACUAGUGGAUUUGGGAAAGAUUAAGUCAGUCUGCUAAGGCCGAAUUCUGCAGAUGUACUGACUUUUUUUGUUCGUCUGUCUGUCCUUAUUCUUUGAUCGAUCAUAGUGUGGUUGGGUUUGUCAUUUUGGGUGUAAUCAAUUACAGAUAUAUUUAUGGACACACCUUGUAAUUCUUUUCUGUUUGAAUAUUUGUUUUAUCAUGGGAAACAUGACUUUCAAACUUAUGUAGCCACAUUUUUAUUUACAUGAUGCUGUAUAUAUACCAAUUAUAAGUACAAUUAUAAGUAAGUGAAGUAACAACCAUGCCCUAACAUACUUUAGAAGGGCAUUCAUACUGUA